AUGGCUGGACAGAAGCUUUUGUUGGUAUUGAUAAUCCUCAUCUCCACUUGCAUAUUCGCUCUUUGCUGGGCGUUCAUGAUUAUAGUUUGGGAUCAAGAAUAUGUGAUUCUCCCCGACCACGUCGUCGAUCUCAUUACAAGAUAUCCUACUGUACUCACCCUCAUAUCCACUGUGAUAUCUACGAUUCUGUCAGUAACCACCACAGCUCUUCUAUCGUUUGCUGUCAAAAAGGCAAUCAACCACUAUAUUACUCGACCAAUAUCACUGGUCGAACUUCAUACUGCAAUAGCUCUCACCAAACCACAACCCCUUCUUCGAUGGAAUCAUUACAAACUCUCAUUUUUUACGUUGAUUUUUGUCUGCUUGGUUGCGCUCCUCAAUUCAAGCUGGACGACAUUACUAUUGCCGAUACCGCUUUUGUGGCCUGUGCCGAUUGAGGGCAGAGAACUGUACCUCAUAAGCAAUGCCUUCGACGCGAAACUAGGUCUUGACGCUACUAAGUCAGGAAAAUGCUCACGAUAUCCUCGAUAUUAUGGCGUCAAUGAGCGGGACUUCAGCCUCACGUUCAGGCUGUUGCAGGCGGAAGUGAUGGUGUUUUCGCCUUCAACGGUGUCUUAUAUAACAGUAUCCACUAGUGGCAUCCUUCCAGUGGUUGAAGAUUACGCGGGCACGUCAUUGCACCCUGGUGGUAUUGGUCUUGAGUACUACGGUGGAAAAGUCGCGGUCAAUACAUCGGUCCUCGAAGACCGGGGCCAUUUCGGAUUAACUAGAAAUUAUACAGUGACACAACGGGGUCUUUCGGCGAUUAUUACCUUGCAUACCAAUUCGUCAACUACAACUUGGUGGCAAGGGACAGCUUCUUGUCCUCUCGGCACGGGUUCCGGCUAUUGGUCGACGGAGGAGAAUGACAGCAUUGGCUUUCUCGGUAUUAUUGUCUGUCCCACUCCGGUAUUCGUGAACAGUAAUGUCACGUCAUUCGACAUCCUCCUGCAGGGCAUGGGACAAUAUAAUUUCUUGGAUGCAACAGUCUGCAAGUCAGGCAAUGAUCUCUGUCGAUCAACAUCCACAUCAGUCCCAUCCAGUCACUCCAAUACAAUGUCACCGCCUUCAUAUCGUUCCGUAGUGAGCGAGCUGUCUAGCUCUAGUCAGACGACGUACAGUAACCCUUUGGGGCAGUUGCUGCGGCUUAGUAGAUUAAACACCACGAGUUCGGUGAAUGAAACCUUGGCAAACUACUUCCGCGGCAUUGUAGAGUUUUCUGCCACAUACCUUCGUUGUGCCUACUCUGCGGAAGGUGCCAGUACGAAUUCAACGAUGCAGGACUUGUAUUCGAACGCGGAUGCUUUCAUACCCCUGAAUGGAACAAUGUAUAUCUUCACCUACGGCUGGGACAGAAAACGCCCUACAUAUAUCUAUAUUCUCUGCGUCUUCGUGUUCAUCUGGACGGUCACUGUUUCAGCUGCGGUGUACAGUCUGAUUCAGGAACGUACUCACCCACGCACUGGUCCCAUCUUUGAUGCAUCGAACCCAGUCCAUCUGAUGAUGGCGGCUUCGGCGGGUGGACUAGAAACUCUCGCAGGAUUUGAAGAUAACGGAGCUUUGGCGAAUGAACGUGCACGAGUGCGUCUUCUAGAUGGUCGAGGUGUGGCACCUGAUGAUGCAGUGGGAGAGAAUACGUCCGCUCGGUCUACUAGAUCGACAAUGCCGCGGUUCGAGAUUGUACCGUAGUUGAGCAGCCUACGGCUGGGCUCCUCGGUAUAGCGUGACGUGCUAUGAAAUCUUUCAUGUGUCUUACUACUUACUACCACAUGGUGAUCUGUACGGCUUGACCCGCCCUAAGCACACUACCGAUGGUUUGGAGUCUGAAAUCACCUGAAAGUACAGUACUUGUCACUUUAAAGUCUCGUUUUUGCCAACUUUUGUUUGUUCCUUUGUU